AUGGGAAUCAUCCGUAAGAUAGCUGUCAUCGGCGGUGGUCCAGCAGGGAUUAUUGCUGCUAAUGACCUCGCUCGACAAAAAGAUCAGGACUGGCAAAUUGUAGGGUUCGAAGCAAGGCAAAACUUGGGCGGCGUUUGGAGCGACACGCCAGGCUCGAAGAUGGAAUCUCCAGACGUAUUCCAGCAGCUAAGGUUAAGCACUGCUGAUAAUCCCUUAACUCCUGAGAGUAUUUUCAACUAUGAUUCUCCCGUGGUAGAAAAUGGCAGAGUUGUUAGCUUGCGUUCUUUAAGUGCCACCAGCGUUAGCAAGCCGUUAAAACUAGUACGCAAACCAUUGUUACGGGAUGGUCUCAUUAUGUCAGAAAAGACCGGAAUCUACGAAGAACUAAUGACUAACGUGCCUGGUAAGCUCAUGAAACUGAGCGCAACGGAGCCGGAUAGUAGUGAAAAAGUUUCAAGUCAGCGUAACAACCCAGAUAUAGCGCCACUCAUAAAGCUUAAUGACGUCAAAGCGGGCAUUGAUGCAAUUAUUGAACAAACUCGAAGCGCUCAGGUUUUUAGACUCCACACUUGUGUCGAAUAUCUCGACAAACUUUCACCUGAGAAAUGGAUCAUCAUCGCCAGAAAGUCAGAACCCGGCAAUGAUUAUGACGAAUGGUAUAUGGAAACAUUCGAUGCUGUUAUAAUAGCCAAUGGGCACUUCAUGUGCCCCUACGUGCCAUAUUAUAUGACGCCGCCGCAAAGCGAUCAUUCAAAUAUCCACGAAUUCAACAUGCGCUUUCCGAGCGCCUUGAUGCACGUUAAAGAUCUUGAUCUGUGGUACCGCAAACAUCUACCUAAGUUGCAGAAAGAAUCGCUCAAUAGUAAGCAAAAAAUUGUUAUCGUAGGCAAAAGUUUCAGCGCUAUGGAUGUUUUGAAACGCUUAGUGCCGCUUCAGGACUCUGGUCACAAUUUGGAAAUCAUUAUAUCCACAAAAACACCACCAUUGCCAGAAAACAAGGCUAAUCCCUUUUGCUGGUUUGACCAGUGGCUCACAGAAACCAAGAAGGUAGAGGUCAAAGGUCCGAUUUCUCAUUUUCUAACAGAAAGAAGCACACCUGCCUUGCAGUUUGAGGAUGGCACAAUUGCCGAGCAGGUCUCAGCUGUUAUAUUUGCUACAGGCUAUUUGUACACAUUCCCAUUCAUCUCCAGCAAACUUCUUGAAAGUUAUCGGGUUUUGAUAACACCAGAUCCCAGGAAUAAUGACUCAAAUCCAUCAAAUAUGUCGCGUGUUACUGGGCUAUACUUGCAUACUUUUUCGAUCGCAGACCCUACCAUGGGCUUUGUUGGCAUUUCAAGCAAUGCCACAUUCCAAUCGUUUAGCAUCUCAUCAAGGGCGAUUGCUGGUGCGUGGUCUAAGUUGAACCGGCUCUAUGAUAAGGAGAAACCGCAAGAUGGGCCAAUUUACGAUUCUAUAUGGUCUCAGGUUCUCCCCUCUGUACAGGAGCAGCUAAAAUGGUCUCAAGAAAGAUUGGUGAAAACGGGAAAUAGCGCUUUUUACCACUUCUACUACCCGCUUGAUACUCUCUUCAAUGAUUGGCUUCAAUAUUGCAAGCCUCUUUUCUCUCAAGAAGAUCAGCAAGAACAACUCUUCCCGGCAAACUCUGCAGAAUUGUCCAAGAACGGCUUGAAAAAGCUUGAAGAAUUAUUUUUCGAUAAAAUGGGACCGGAGCGCCACUGA